ACGUGGACCAAGAAACAUCCAUUCUCUGCUUGUUAACUCAUCAUCAAAGUCUUGUUAACUUGGAGUCACUUAAUUUCAUUUGUCAUCAUCUGAAUUUUAAGUCGGAAAAUAAUGUUUUCUGUACCGACUUUUUAAGGGCUAUUUUCAAGAGUGAAUAUCGCAUUUUGAUCCUUGAGGUCAUAGUGUGACAAACUUCAAGUUUUUUCUUAGCUGAUUCGAAGCAACCUUUACCAAUUUUCCCUUAAGUGUGUGUGGAUUUUGGAGGAAAAACAAUGCCGAGAUUUUUGAAGACAGUCAAAGUGAGCAAAAGGCCCCAGCGCUAUGCUUUGUCACCCAGCGAAUACUCAGAUGAGAGCUCCCCCGCAUCUCCCGGGAUAGCUGUCACUGCUGAACCCAGGACUGGAAGUGCCUUCACUCCCGUAACUCCCAAGAAUAAAGAUGCGUUGGACCUGAGAUUGCCAACCAAUGGCGACAUCAACCCUCAUCACCGGUACCUCCUCGUCCAACCUCCCCAGUUAUCAUCACGGCCCUUCCCGUUCACCGACUCGUCGACGGCAGCCGUCCCGACCAAGCAACACAGUCCCACUCUCAGCAUCGAGCAACGCCUCGCCGAUCUCACCAACGCUCGUCGUCAUCCAGGCAUCCCUGUCCCGGCCAGCACAGCCGGUAGUCCACUCCCUGGUCGGCCGUCGUCCGCCGAUGUCCCUUCUUCCGCGGUGCCGCUGACGUUGACCGUCCCGAAGCUGCACACCAAUACGGCCAGUCCGAGGCUGAGGCCGGAGAUGGCCCCGUUGACCAUCGGCGAUGUCAGUCCAACCAAGGCGGCCGGUUACCGGUUCCAAGGAGAGAUUUCAAGCUAUGAUAUUCCUUCACCUCCAUCAAAUGGUUUCAUCAGCCGAGAGAUGAAUGAAUUGCUCAAAGAUGGUCGGUUAAGUUACACCGAUGUUUACCGUGCUCGAUUUGCCCAGCUUGAGAAGGAUAUCAUCGGCACCCUAGCACCGGAAGACCUCCGCUGGUACAACGCCAAAGUGGGUCUCGCCAUCCCCAACUUCGCCGCUUACCGCUCACCGUAUUCGAUGGUACAUCAUCCCCACGCGCGUCAUCAGCACGAAAAGACGCUGACGCGAGACGGUAUCGUCCACAGCGAGCCACCGCGUCUCCCCGGCGGCGGAAUCCCUCUAACACCAAGCAACGUCCGCAUCCCCGAUCACCACCACCCGCAUCAUCUCCAGCAGCGGUUAUCACCAGAGGUCGACGAGGUUAGCGAAUCGAAGCUCCUGGAUUCGCCGCCGAUCGGCAUCGGUCCGCAUUGCACAUUCAACUGUUUGGACUGUGGAAAGGUGUUCAGUACACCGCAUGGGCUGGAGGUUCACGUGCGACGUUCCCACAGCGGUAAGCGUCCUUUCGCCUGUGACAUUUGCCAAAAGACGUUCGGCCACGCGGUCAGUCUCAGUCAGCACCGCGCCGUUCACUCGCAGGAGAGAUCGUUCGAGUGCAAGCAGUGCGGAAAGACAUUCAAGAGGUCAUCAACGUUGUCAACCCACAUGCUGAUUCACUCAGACACCAGACCAUACCCGUGCCAGUAUUGCGGCAAGAGGUUCCAUCAGAAGUCGGACAUGAAGAAACACACCUACAUACAUACAGGUGAAAAACCGCACAAGUGUCUGGUCUGUGGCAAAGCAUUCAGUCAAUCUUCGAACCUCAUCACCCACAGUCGUAAGCACACAGGUUACAAACCCUUCGGCUGCAAGAUCUGCGGAAGGGCUUUCCAGAGGAAAGUUGAUCUUCGCCGCCAUUUUGAAACGCAGCAUCCCGAGAGCGAGAAGAUGUUAAUGGCGCACUCAUUGGCUGUCCGAAGGCCCAUGCCACCUAGCAUGGUCUCGCCCGCAGCUCCCAUCGCCGUACCAGCCCACCACGGAACGUCGGCGUUGCACUCCAGCGUACCAAUGAUGGGGAUGUGAGACUGAUCAGCGCAAACUAAAUGUUUUAGUUUGUAUCACUCUCGUUGAUACUUGGCAAGUGUUGUACGGGUGAACUUACUUUGAAGUUGUUGAACUUGGAAGAAGUUCCUUCGAAACUAUUCUUCAGAAAGAAAAUCGUCUUUUGAAACGCUGCAGUGACUGGACGAGACCGACGAGGAACUUUGCUGUGAUUCAACUAGUUUGUAUUAUUUGUCUGAAUUAAAUGCUGCACGCGUAUAAAAAUCAAUCAAGCUCCGGAACUGCAAUAGGCCUAUCUCGCAUAGCAACAGUUUCAUAUCUUCAUCUGAUAGUAAAAAGAGUUUAACCUUUGACCUGAGAAACGAAAGGGCCCUCCUUGAUUGUAUAAUGAAAAUAUUGUGCAAUUAAUUCUGUAUGAACGAGUCCUUUGACAUUCUUUAUAACAUAAUCUGUUGGCAGAUUUUGGUUGGCUUAGCAGGUUCAUAAGAUACAAUGUUAUUUCGCUCCUUCACGUCAGUCGUGAAAUGCAUAGAUCAUCAAUACCAGCAUUAUAGCAUUAUUACAAAAUUGCAUCACCAUUGUGUGAUUUGAAUUUUCAAUCCUCAAUAUUUUUGCAUCAUCAUCAUCAUGAUCAUAUACAUUAACGUAUCCUCAUCAUCACAUCAUCAUCAUCACAAACUUUUGUCAUCAUGAUCACCUUCAAAUUUACUACUUGCAUUAUUAUGCAAGGCACAAUAAAAAAAAAUUGAGAGCUAUUUGGCAGUUUACAUG